AUGAAUCAAUUGGAUGGACCAAUGUACCAGGAGCAGAUGAAGAUGAGGAAAAUCUUGAUGAAUUACGUCCAUCUCAAUUUGGCCUGUCGUUUUGGUCUCACUGAAUGUGUCACUGAAGCCUUUAAACGUUAUCAAGAAAGAAACUCAACCAUUAUUCCUCCAAUUCUUCGUAAUGCUGUUUAUAGAGCUGUUGUUUCUAAUGGUGGAGAACGUGAAUAUUAUCAAAUUUUGAAUCAAUUCAAAGCUGAGCAAGAUUCUGUGGAAAGAACCAAGUUAGUGUAUGCAAGAUUCCACUCUUGCAAACGACCUUGGAUUUGGCCCUUUCUCCACCAUGUUAAGCCACAAGAUAGUAUCUUCCUUAUUAGAGAAGUUGCAAGAAAUGUACCAAGUGGACCAAACGUUGCUUUUGUCAGAACUAGAUAUGAUGCCAUUCUCUCAAAAUGUGGACAAGAUCAAGUCAGUAAUAGAUUAUCAUAUGGGGUUGGUUCUCUAUUCACUAAUAUCUUUGAAAGGGAUGAAUAG